AUGUCUGACCAAAACAACAGCCCAUCUGGUAUUACUGUUCUACGUAAAAAGCUCCAAGGCUAUGUUGGUUUUGCCAACCUUCCCAACCAAGUGCAUCGCAAAUCUGUAAAGAAAGGCUUUCAAUUCACCGCCAUGGUAGUUGGUGAAUCUGGUCUUGGUAAAUCAACCUUGGUCAACACCUUGUUCAACACGCAACUCUACCCUCCCAAGGAGGCCGUUGAACUGUCUCAUGAAACAGCACAAACAGUCGAAGUUCAAUCCAUUACAUCUGAUAUUGAAGAGAACGGUGUCAAGUUGAGAUUGACUGUUGUAGAUACACCUGGUUUUGGUGAUUUUGUGAAUAACGAAGAAAGCUGGAAACCUAUUUUAGACAAUAUUGAAGCUCGUUGUGAUGCUUAUCUUGAACAAGAGAAUCGUGUUAACCGUCGUCGCAUGGUGGACAAUCGCAUUCAUGCUUGUCUCUAUUUUAUCGCUCCCACUGGUCAUGCCUUGAAGCCUUUGGAUAUCGAAUUUAUGCGUCGUCUUCACACUCGUGUCAACUUGAUCCCUGUAAUUGCAAAGGCUGAUACCUUGACAGAGGAAGAAGUUGCUGCCUUCAAGGAACGUAUUUUGGCUGAUAUUGCCUACCACAAAAUCCAAAUCUACCAAGCUCCUGUCUACGAGUACGAUGAUCAAGAGACAAUUGCUGAGAAUCGUGAAAUCAUGUCCAAGAUUCCCUUUGCUGUUGUAGGCUCUGAUAAAGAAUUCGAGAUUGAAGGUGGUCGCCGUGUUCGUGGCCGUAAAUAUCCUUGGGGUGUCAUUGAGGUCGAUAACGAAGAGCAUUGUGAUUUUGUCAAGCUUCGUCAAAUGUUGAUCCGUACACACAUGGAAGAACUCAAAGAAUUCACCAACGAUGUUCUCUAUGAAAACUACCGUACCGAGAAGCUGACAGCUAUGGGUAUUCAACAAGAUCCUUCUGUCUUCAAGGAAGUCAACCCUGUUCAAAAGAUGGAGGAAGAACGUCUUGCUCACGAACAAAAGUUAGCCAAGAUGGAAGCAGAGAUGAGAAGUGUCUUCCAAGCCAAGGUUCAAGAAAAGGAAGCUAAAUUGAAGCAAUCUGAAGAGGAACUGUAUGCUCGUCAUAAGGAGAUGAAGGACGCACUUGACAAGCAGAGAGCAGAUUUAGAAGAAAAGAAACGUCGCUUGGAAUCAGGAAGACCCAUGACUCCAGAAAAGACAGCAAAGAAGAAGGGCUUUUCUUUUAACAAAUAA